ACGAGUUAGGGUGUUGCUGCUGCUCCUGAGGCCCUGGCCAAUGGAACCCGAUCCACCCCGCUGUGCGUAAGCGCGCAAUUAAGGAUUUAACCAAGGCUGUGCUGCGCCUCAGCCAGCAGUCAGCCUGCCGGAGACAGAGCCUCCAAGACUCCCAGCCUCCUCCUCGCCGCCGCCGCCGCCGCCUCUCCUCCUCCUCCUCCUCCUCUUCCUCCUCCUCCCUCGCUCCCACAGCCAUGUCUGCUUAGACCAGAGCAGCCCCACGGCCAACUCGGGCAGCCGCCGCCGCAGAGCAGCAAGGACAACCGCCGCCGCCAGCGAGCGAUGACAGGAGUGUUUGACAGAAGGGUCCCCAGCAUCCGAUCCGGCGACUUCCAAGCCCCGUUCCAGACGUCCGCAGCCAUGCACCAUCCGUCUCAGGAAUCGCCAACUUUGCCCGAGUCGUCGGCUACCGAUUCCGACUACUACAGCCCCACGGGGGGAGCCCCGCAUGGCUACUGCUCUCCUACCUCGGCUUCCUACGGCAAAGCGCUCAACCCCUACCAGUACCAGUACCACGGCGUGAACGGCGCCGCCGGCAGCUACCCCGCCAAAGCUUACGCCGACUACAGCUACGCCAGCCCCUACCACCAGUACGGCGGCGCCUACAACCGCGUCCCGAGCGCCACCAGCCAGCCAGAGAAAGAAGUGGCCGAGCCCGAGGUGAGGAUGGUGAACGGCAAACCAAAGAAAGUUCGUAAACCCAGGACUAUUUAUUCCAGCUUUCAGCUGGCCGCGUUACAGAGAAGGUUUCAGAAGACUCAGUACCUCGCCCUGCCCGAACGCGCCGAGCUGGCCGCCUCCCUGGGACUGACGCAAACACAGGUGAAAAUCUGGUUUCAGAACAAAAGAUCCAAGAUCAAGAAGAUCAUGAAAAACGGGGAGAUGCCCCCGGAGCACAGCCCCAGCUCCAGCGACCCUAUGGCGUGUAACUCGCCUCAGUCUCCGGCGGUGUGGGAGCCCCAGGGCUCGUCCCGCUCGCUCAGCCACCACCCUCAUGCCCACCCUCCGACCUCCAACCAGUCCCCCGCGUCCAGCUACCUGGAGAACUCGGCUUCCUGGUACCCGAGCGCGGCCAGCUCAAUCAAUUCCCACCUGCCGCCACCCGGCUCCUUACAGCACCCGCUGGCGCUGGCCUCCGGGACACUCUAUUAGACCGGCCGCUUUCUCUUGCUGUCUUUUUUGGGACUACUGUGUUUUUGCUGUUUUAGAAAAUCAUUUAAAAAAAAAAAAGGAAUUCAUAUGGGGAAGUUUGGAAAACAGAAACAAAAAAGAUUCAUGUGUAAAGCUUUUUUUGCAUGUAAGUUAUUGCAUUUCAAAGGACCCCGUCCCCCCUUUUUUACAGACGAACUUUUUUUUGCGCAACUGUGGACACUAUCAAUAGUGCCUUGAAAUCUAUGACCUCAAAUUUUCAAAAGACUUUUUUCAAUGUUAUUUUAACCAUGUAAAUAAGUGUAGAUAGAAGAAUUAAACUGUAUAUUCUGGAUAAAUAAAAUUAUUUCGACCAUGAAAGCAAAA